AUGACUGCUCUGAUUCCAGAAACUCGUCCACCAAUCCGGUAUGUGCUCGAUGUGACGAUUGCCUAUCCGAAUGGCAUCCCGCUUAGUCUCGCCACACUUGGAUUUGGUACUCGUGAAAAGUGUGACAUUGCUGUCAACUAUAAGAUCUAUGAUGCUAGCGAGGUUAGUGCUUCUUUCUAUCUUGGACGUCAUUGUUUACAUUUCUCACUGCUAAUUACGAUCUCAUGUGAUUAA